AUGUCUCGUGGCUCUGUUUUUUGCAGGUGCCGCCAUGAGAGAUUAGCAGCGUGGGUGGUGGCCGCGGAAUCCGGCAGGCAGCCGGCGCGUGUGGUGGGGCGGGACCUUGGAGGACGGCAGCAAGUUGCGGCGGGAUCCCGGAGUCCUGCGCCGUGCGUGGUUGCGGCGGGAUCCCGGAGUCCGGCGACGUGCGUGGUUCCGGCGGGCGCCGGCGGCUCGGCCUUCGGGUUCGGCUAUGUGGGUGUGGUCGACGAACUGCUCCGCGAGGGCGCCGACCCGGCCUCCCGCCUCAUCGGCCGCACGCAGGGGCUCACCACCGGGGCCUCUCUCUCGGAGGUAGCGAUCACGACGCUGCUCAACUUCGUGUUCACGGAUGGGCCGUACAACGGCAGCACGCUGGCGAUGUUCGGCCGUGCGUGGCCGGGGCCCAGCAGCGGCGCGGGAGGUGACAGGGGGCCAGAUCCGUGGUUGAAGCAGGGGAGGGCCCUGACGGCGGCGCUAUAG